AUGCAGCAAAAAUUUAAAUGUAUGGUCUGGAAAAAGACUUUAGAAUCAACAAAAAUAUCAUCCAAAUCAUAUUCUGUCAUAACAUUCGAUAAAAUAAAUAUCUUCAACAAUAUGAACAUUCGUCAAGUACUUUACGUUCUAGAACUGAUAGGAAUAUUCACGUGCACUUGGCCAAUUAAUCCGAAUAUUAGUAAAAGGCGAAUUAUUUUUCGUAAUAUUUUGUGGACAUUUUCGAUAUUGAACGUAAUUUUAUUAAUGACAUCUUUGAUGCUCGCUGUUGUUUACUUUCGAAGUGAUAUACUUAUGUCAAUGAAAACUGCCUCAGAAAUGGCCGCUUUGCUCGAAGUCGUUUUGGAUUUGAUUCUUUGCAAAUGGAACAAUAGUGAACUGCAGGUUUUGAUAGAAGAAGUCAAAUCAUUCUUGGAGAUAGCCAACGAAUACGAAAUUAAAAUACUACAGGGAUAUAUAAAUCGUUACAAAAAAUUCUUCUCAACAGUUUCGAUGGGAUACAUCUCAACUGCGAUCUCUUUCAGUUUGAUGCCUUUGUUCUCAGCCCAAGAAUUACCCGCAGAUGGAUGGCUUCCAUUCUCCAUCGAACCAUUCGGAAUAUAUUGCAUAGUCUAUGUUAAUCACGUUUAUUGCAUUUUACAAACGGCAUUUUGCAUUUUUGUAGAUUUCACGAUCGUCAUCCUCUUUAGUUUUCCCGCUGCCAAAUUAGACGUAUUACGGUCAAAAUUGCGGCAUGUGAAUAAUUAUGACAUGUUGGUGAGCUGUAUCAAGGAGCAUCAAAAAAUAAUAGGAUUUGUGGAGGAUACUAAAGCUACUGUUGAGACUUUAUUAUUCAAAACGAACGUCACAAUGGGAAGCACUAUGAUGUGCGGAGCUUUCCCAUUGCUUAACAAUCAAUCGUUGGCCGCGAUCAGUCAGUUUCUUCCUCUGGUGUUAUCAGGCAUCUUGCAUUUGUAUGUCAUCGCCUGGCCAGCAGAUGAUUUAAGAGAAAGUAGUGUACAAUUUACAAAUUCAAUUAGCGAUAUUCAGUGGUUGGGUCAACCAAAUAAAAUGAAAAGUUGUGUGAUUUUCAUGAUGAUGAGAAGUCAAAAAGCAUUUCUCAUUCGUAUGAGUAAUUUGCUACCACCUCUUUCUUUGGAAUAUUGUUCAAAUUUUAUAACUACAGUAUCGUCCUACUUCAUGGCAAUGAGAACUAUGAUUGAAUCAUAA